ACCGCUCUGGUUCAUCCCGGGCCGGCACUCAUCUUCCUCCCACUGCAGUGCGACAAUGUUUGUUCCCUACGGAGAGUCGGUCCCGGAUCUCGCGGGUUUCACCCUCCUGAUGCCAGCAGUAUCCGUUGGAAAUGUUGGCCAGCUUGCAAUAGAUCUGAUUAUUUCUACACUGAAUAUGUGUAAGAUUGGUUACUUCUAUACUGAUUGUCUUGUGCCAAUGGUUGGAAACAAUCCAUAUGCAACGUCAAAAGAAAAUUCAACAGAACUCAGUAUAAAUGCUGAAAUAUACUCACUGCCUUCAAAGAAGCUAGUGGCUCUUCAGUUAAGAUCCAUUUUUAUUAAGUAUAAAUCAAAGCCAUUCUGUGAGAAACUGCUUUCCUGGGUGAAAAGUAGUAACUGUGCCAAAGUUGUUAUUCUUUCAAGCAGUCAUUCCUAUCACCGUAAUGAUCUAUAGCUUCGCAGUACUCCCUUCAGGUACCUACUUACACCUUCUGUGCAAAAAAGUGUUCAAAAUAAAAUAAAGAGUCUAAAUUGGGAAGAGAUUGAAAAAAGCCAAUGUAUUCCUGAAAUACACAAUUCUGAAUUUUGUAUCCGGAUUCCUGGAGGAGGCAUCACAAAACAACUCUAUGGUGAAGGCUAUCUUAAAGAAAUCCCAUUGGUGAUUCUGCUGAAAUUUGUUUCAGAAGGAGACAGUAUCCCAGAUGCAUUAGGUCUUGUUGAGUAUCUUAAUGAAUGGCUUCAGAUAAUCAAACCACGUGGUGAUGAUCCCACAGAAUCUGCCUUACCAUGGAAAAUGCCAAGUUCUUGGAGAUUACUCUUUGGCAGUGGUCUUCCCCCUACGCUUUUUUGAUCUGUUUUCAGUG